GUGAGCGCGCCUCGUGCUGCUGCUGCUGCUGCUGCUGAUGGAGCUUCACUGAGCACAGAGAGUGGCCGCCGUGUCGAGGAGGAUGAAGAGUGAUGAACAGAGUGUCGACCCUACAUGACUGAUCGGAUCGCUGCACGCGGGAGGCGACCGUCGGCGUCAUCAAUCGGCGCGCAGAGUCCAGGUGAUGUGAGGCUGAGCGCGAGCCGCAGCGGGAGACAAUCAGCUGAGCGGCACCUGGACGUUGUGACGGAGGAGCUGCAGGUGAAGGGUCAGGCCAGCAGAGCGGAAGUGGAGGGGUGGUGACAGCGGAGAGCUUGUUGGUGAGACUCAGCUGAGAGUCAGAGAGAGCGAGUCAGAGCUCAGAGACGCUGAGAGGAGAAAAGCGGAGUUUAACUGGCAAACGGGCGGGUUGGUCCGCGGGACUGAAGCUGUUUUAAUUCCCUUUUCUCGGCUCCUGUUGCGGACGUGCCCGUCCUGAGGACAGCUGGAGCCGGACCACACCUGGUCUGCGAACAGGAUGGUUCAGACUCGCAGGUCAGGAGCUCUGAAGACUGUUUGCCUCCCUCUUCAGGCCCAUUUUGGAACUGCAGCUUCACCGUCAGCUAACAGCUAACCGAGCAGUGAGACGAGUUAGUGAAGCGGUGCUGUGGUUUGUGUUCUGACUGUUGGAUGGCCACAGGAGUGAACUACUGGAACUCUUAUGAACCCAGUCGCAAGGUGAGAGAGAGUGUGUGGGGAGGUGAACAGGAGUCGAGUAGUGAGGAAGGAGGAGGUGGAGAGGGCAUAUGGGACACACAAGCCAUGGAGGUCAAAGGUCAACUCAUCUCAGCACCUGACCCUCUCACCUGCCCAGACAGGAAGCAGAGGGAGCGAAUGGUGGAGCUACAGGAGAGGAGGCGGAGUCUCCAGGCGCUGCUUAGCAGCCGAUUGGCUGAGCUGAGACGCAUCUGUCUGCAGGAAGCUGAGCUGACGGGUGCAGUGCCCAGUGAUUUCCCCCUGGAGGCAGGGGAGAAGCCCCCCUGUGUUCGUAGGAGAGGUGGGACGUCCCGCCAGGGAAACAGGAAGUGUCGAGUAGAGGAGGAAGACGCUCAGCGUUCGAAGCCGAAGAAAAAUUACGACACAGUGAGGUCAGAGAGCAGCUCGACAUCAGACUCAACAGGACACGACAAUGGAAGAGGAGCGGGGUACAGCGAUGUCCUGCUGGAUUAUGUUUGGGGAAAACAGCAGCAGCUGCAGAGACAGCAUUCUCAGCCCCACAGACAGCCAAUCACAUCGCAGCAGCAGGUAGUCUACAAUGGCUACUCCAAGCAGCCAUCAGGAGCCCCGCCCACCUACCGCGGCCCCCAAGGCGACCAGCGGCGGGUCACGGUAACCCGAACCAAAUCGUGCGGUCCGUUCCUCCCGGUGCAGCAGAGCCAGACUGAUACCCACAAUCCCCCUCUGGUCGCCAUUCAGCCCGACCCCCACCCCCACCUGCUGCCGCCCCGACCCCCUCAGCUGCCCCCCAACCAGGACUCCCAACUGGAGGAGGCCACCAGGAGCCUCCACAAGGCCCUCGCCCUGGAAGGUCUGAGGGACUGGUACCUAAGGAACACCUUAGGCUCCUCCCACCAGAACCAGGCCAAUGGAAAGGUGACCGCAGGGACCAACGGCAGUAAGAUGAAUGGAGGGGUCAAAGGUCAGGCGGGAGGAGGCGGGGCUCUGCAGCGGAGACGGACGACACACGGUGUCAUUCAGCAGUCGGCCUAUCAGACGGAGACGAAUCAUCAUCAGCACGCUGCGCCGCAUCACAAACACACGCUGCCGCAUUCAGCCACGUUCCACGGACACCCGCUGCACGGCAGGUCUGUGGAUGGCUCGCUCUACCACGACUCGUUCCCUGCUCAGAAACAGGAAGUCCCUCUCAGAGAUCCGCCGAUGGACCAACCGUCUCCUGGGACUCUGGUCUGACUCAGCAACCAAUCACGAUGCUGAGAGGCAGGCAAAGGGACUAAUUCCAGGCUGGCUUCCUGG